UUUUAACUGUGUGUGAGGAGUUGUGUCGCCAAAACGAGCGAUGUGAGAUGUCAUUCCAGAAAAUAUUGUUGUAAAUAUACAGCCUGAAGGACUUGUUUGGAGGGGGAUUAAUACACAAAUCCCAUUUUAUAACAGAAAAAUGUCCUCAGAAAGCAAUGGUGACAGGGCAACAGACAUCCACGUCUCUUUGAAACCUGCUAAUGAUGGAGAAAAGAGCCGAGGACAAGAAGAUGACGCAGAGAAUGGUGAUGACCCAGAUUGCCCGGUGUGCCUACAGACCUGUAUCCACCCAGUCCAGCUGCCAUGUUCCCACAUUUUCUGUUUCCUGUGUGUCAAGGGUGUUGCCAGCCGCAGCAAGCGAUGUGCUCUGUGUCGCCAAGACAUCCCAUCUGACUUUUUCUGUCGCCCCAACCUGGUGAGAAAAGGGGACCUGCAGCAAACUAAAGUGUUUGAUGACGAAUACCAGUGGUUCUAUGAGGGCCAGAAUGGAUGGUGGCAGUAUGAUGAUCGCACAAGCUGUGACAUGGAGAGCCAUUACAAGAAGGGAGUGAAGACAUUUGAACUGCUGAUAGCAGGCUAUGUAUAUGUUAUUGACUUGGACAAGAUGAUCCAGUGCCAGAGAAAUGAUCGAACAAAGAAGCGACGUGUCAAGAGAGAUAAAGUCAACCUGCCUGGAAAGAAGGGUGUGGCAGGGCUCAAGUUCGGCAGCAAUGGUAGCUCUGCUGGCGGGGGUCAGGAGUGUGAUUCUGAUCGCCCUGGUGCCGAUGGAGACGAGACGACAACACCCACAACACAUCAGAUCAUGGUCCCCAUUCCCAUUCAUCCAAUGGACCGCACUGUUGGGUAUACCAACUCCCUGUCGCCACCCACCCCGUACAACACACCCCAGACCCCUCAGACCCCUGCUGAAAGUCCACCCACUACGUCUGUCCCUUCAGAACAAGAUCUCACUAUGCAGCUGGAGCGUCUGAGGCUUGGAGAUCCCAGCAUUCUCUCAACAAGUCCUCAGGACUGGCCCCCAGGUGCAAGGCCAGCAGACGUCACCCUCGGAGCAGGACUGGGAGGGGCUGAUGGGUCGGAGGUGUUCACACGCGUGCGACCUCGGGGACUGAGUGAGACGUGCACAGAGCGGGAGGAGGACGCAGCGGAGGAUGUGAGAGCUGGUCUGCAGGAGACUGAGACUGAGAUUUACAAUCAGAUGCAGGAUGAUAUGGAACAGACUGAAGCACCAGCAGAGCAACUCCGUAAACAUGACGUGUGACAGGAUUAGAGAUCCUUGGUGAAUAUGUCAAACAUGUUGCAACGAAUCUUUCAUGAACAUAAUGUACAACAUGUUGAAAUUCAGCUUACAGAACAUAAUGUGUGAUGAAUGCCCUGUUAUCAUGUGUUACACAGAACAUCUGAUCAUCGUGACAUAAUGACUCCAUAAUGUCCAUGCAAGAGAUGGGGGACGCGAUGCGAUGAAUGCUUCAUUAAUGAUGUGGCAUAUUAAUAUUAACUGAUGAAAAUGAAUGUUUAUGGAUAUAAAGAAUAUGUGUGACAUUAUAUGCUUCAUUAAUAAUGUGGCAUAUUAAUAUUAACUGAUGAAGAUGAAUGUUUACGGAGCCAAAUAAUAUGUGCUACAUUAGGAUUCAUACGUUGAAACUGAUUCCAUAUUUACAUCAUCAGAGAAUGAUGAACAUCAGAACAUUGUUAAUGGUUUUAAUGGUGAUUACACACACUGCACUUUGACUUGUUUGCUUGUUAUGCCUGAACAUCAUUCUUAUAUUCAAGGGAGUGUCAUGAUACAUAUACGUAGGUAUAAAUACUUAUCACUAUACUUUUGUCCCAAUAUGAUACAUAUUGUUAUACCAAAUCUGGCCAAUUUUCACAUGAAAUUCAACAUGUCUGCAGCCUAACGAGAGGUUUCUUUGAGCUUGUUUAUGUUUAACUCUUAUGCUUGUUAGUGAAAGGUCAUUUUAAUAGUUACUAACAGUAUUAUUCCAUCAAAUUAGCCUUGCUUUUUAUAAUAGAAUGUAGGCAAUAUUUUGCCGAAUGCAUUGUUAGUCUGGGUUGUAGGAAAUAAGUCUGUAAGUAUUACUUUUGGAUACAGAACAAAAAUGUGAAUUGAUGCUUAGGUAGAUGUAUCAGGUGCUGUAUCAUCAGAAGUAUGUGUAUCACAGUGCAUUGAUACAUCAGUGGAUAAUGGCCGCUCUUUUAUGUUUCCUUACCUGUACUUAGAUGUGCAACCUGUGGUUCGAGUUCAGCAGUUGUGUCAAGUGUCCAGCACGUCAAUGUGGAUGUAUUUGCCGUAUGUGACCUGUCAUUUUCUCAACUAUCUUUUCUUUUCAAAAAUGUACAUGAAUCAUAAGGAUGAACUUUUAUGAUAGACUUUCAUUUACAAGUUUCUGUCCAAAUUGACUCCAAUCAGACUUAAAAGAUUAUCAAGAUA